GAGUAAAAAACCAAACGAAAGAAUAAUGACAAACUUUGAGGUUAUGACAUUUUUACAACAGAAAAAAUCAAAUCGAAUAAAACCAAAAGGUCAAUUGGCAACAAUUAUUUAUGAAACAAUGCGAUAUUUAAAAUCAACAGAUUGUGUUUAUCAAUCAGAUGAAAGUAUAAAAAAUUUCUUAAAAGAUGUUAGUCAACUACCUUUACCGAAAAUGGAGAAAUUAACAUUAGUAAAUAUACCACCACGAAGUCCUAUAGACGUUCAAACGGUUAUACAAUUCAGUGAAGAUGUACUUACGGAUGAAGGAGUCGAUCAAUUAAUAUCAUGUGCAUCAUUACAUUUUCCUGAACCUCAACAAUCUGAAGAAAAUUCAGAAGAGGACGUUGAAGCACAAUAAUUAUAUAAUUAAUAUUAAUUUAUAAGACAUACAUGUUUACUGUGAUUUUAGUAACGUUUAAUUGUUUUUAUUCAAUAAAAAAGUUUACUGUA